AUGCUGAAAGAGGCUGUCCUACAUAAACGGUCCAAAGCUAAUGACAUUAUAAAAGCAACUUUGCGGGGGCAUCUUGAAACUGUGAAGGAAUUACUUGAGGAGUCUGAAGAAGGCUUAAGCUCACAUAUCGAAGGAUACUCACUUCUUCAUCUAGCAGCGGCUUUAAACCAUGGAGAUAUUGUGGAUGAGCUCCUACAAAGAAAGAUUGAAGUGAACAAAUCUUCUGAAGGUGGAUUCACAGCUUUGCACGGAGCAUCUAUAACUGGCUCUUCUUCGGUUGUUGAAAGUCUCAUCAAAAGGGAAGCUGAUGUUGACCGGCUUGCUAAUGGUUUUGGUCCUCUUCACUUUGCAUCGAUGUAUGGAAACACAAAUACAGCCAGGAUUCUGAUACAACAUCAAGCAAAUAUCCAUCUGAAAGGUUAUCAUCAGUGGAGCCCACUACACGUUGCAAGCAUCCACAAUCAACCCGACCUUGUUCGGCUUUUGCUGGAGAACAAUGCUGACGUGGAAGCUUUGUCUGAAGAUCUCUCAACACCUCUUGUAUUUGCUUCAUACCUGAACAAUAUGGACAUAGCAGAUAGAGGUGCAAAAGUGAAUCAUGUCAGUGCAGUUGGUGUAAGUGCUUUGCAUGGAGCUGCAUACAUGGGGGCAAUGGAUGUGCUCGAGUGUCUCCUUGAGAAUGAAGCAGAUCCAAAUCUGAAGCUGUUUGAAGGGAUAUCACCUGAGGAGAAAUCUAAAAUUGCAAGUCAUGUGGAGCAAUGGUGCAAAAACACUCCCGGGAAGGAUAUCAAUUUGAGAAGGUAUGAUGGUGGUUCUGCACUACAUGUGGCUGUUGACAUGGGUUACACAGACAUGGUGCGACUUCUGUUGAAAUCGGGCGCUGAUCCGAAUCUCAGGAACAUGGACAAUGAAAUAGCAAUAGAUAUUGCGAGGGAGAAGAAGCACAGUGGCAUCUUGAGACUACUGGAAUCGUCCUAA